UGGUGGAAGAAAACCCUUUACUUGACCGGGGGAGCUUUGCUGGCCGCAGCUGCGUAUCUGCUCCACGAACUCCUGGUCAUUAGAUGUUUACAUUGAGUUGGGAAACCGUGUUGUAAUGCAGAUAAUAAACAAAUGGCUGCCUGUUUUUGAGCCCUUAAUAGGGGGCUCUGCUUAGAAGUGCUUUACCUAUGUGAUUGCAUUUAACCUUCGCAACUGCCAACUGCUGUUGAAUGCUUGAUCUCCAUUUCUUAGAUGAGGAAAUUUAGGCUGAUAGAGGUUAAGCAAUUCACCCAAGAUCCCGUAAUAAGAGUAGUAGGAUCCAGAUUCAAAUCUGAGAAUGUGUCUGCGGAGCCCGCACUUCUACUACUUUCUCCUAACAAGUACCAAUUCUGGAAUAAGUUUUGAUGGCGGAGAGGAAGAGAACUGGGGCAUUGCUCAGGGAAGACAAGUCUGUGGCACAGACCUGAGUUUUUGACAACCGCUAGGGGCACAGAGGGCAUAGGGGAAGAAGACCAAGGAAAAUGCGGCACUGGGAUUUGGAGGUUACGCGAUAGAGACCUUCACUUGACGGGAAGUCUUAAGUUUCAGUUGUCUGUGUAGUUUAGGCAAAACACAAAACAAUCUGAAAUAUGUGGGAUGGAAAAUCCAUCUUGAAAUGGCUACGCUGUCUGAGUUCACUGGCAAUCAUAUUCUUCACCACGGUACUUGGAUUUCCUGCUGCGUAGACUUAAUCUAUGGGUACAUCUCCAGAGUGGAAAGUAAAGUUGACAGGAAACAACAAGAGAUUGACUCCAAAGAUGCUAUUAUUUUGCAUCAGUUUGCAAGACCUAACAAUGGUGUCCCCAGUUUAUCUCCUUUCUGUUUGAAAAUGGAAACUUAUUUAAGGAUGGCUGACUUACCCUAUCAGAACUAUUUUGGUGGAAAGCUCUCUGCUCAAGGGAAAAUGCCUUGGAUUGAAUAUAAUCAUGAAAAAGUUUCUGGGACAGAAUUCAUAAUUGACUUUCUGGAAGAGAAACUUGGAGUGAAUUUAAACAAAAACCUUGGUCCUCAUGAAAGAGCCAUCUCCAGGGCAGUGACUAAGAUGGUGGAGGAGCAUUUCUAUUGGACCUUAGCUUAUUGCCAGUGGGUGGACAAUCUCAAUGAGACCCGGAAGAUGCUCUCUCUUAGUGGUGGCGGUCCCUUCAGUAACCUGCUGAGGUGGGUCGUGUGCCACAUAACGAAAGGAAUCGUGAAACGCGAGAUGCACGGCCACGGCAUUGGCCGCUUCUCAGAGGAAGAGAUUUACAUGCUGAUGGAGAAGGACAUGCGGUCUUUAGCAGGGCUUCUGGGUGAUAAGAAGUACAUCAUGGGGCCCAAGCUUUCCACUCUUGACGCCACCGUCUUUGGACACUUGGCACAGGCAAUGUGGACCUUACCAGGGACGAGACCUGAGCGGCUGAUAAAAGGUGAGCUGAUCAAUCUUGCCAUGUACUGUGAGAGGAUAAGGAGGAAAUUCUGGCCUGAGUGGCACCAUGAUGAUGACAACACCGUCUAUGAGUCCGAGGAGAGCUGUGAAGACAGCAAAACGCAUACGCCCCUGCUGGACUUCAGCUCUUACUCAAGGACAGAGACCUUUGAAGAUGAGGGAGCAGAGAACAGUUUUUCCAGAACCCCAGACACGGAUUUCACUGGACACUCGCUCUUUGAUUCUGAUGUGGACUUGGAUGACUACACAGACCAUGAACAGUGCAAGUGACGUUCAGCCCCGCCGACCCUCCUCUGUUGGAGCUGCCAUUCCCUGGGGUCAGUCCAGUUUCCCGGGUGGAAAUCCAUCCGCGCUGGGAGGAGAUCUUCGUGCUUGACACAGUUCUCACAAGCUAACGGGACUAGAGCAGCCUUAUUUCUUUUUUGUACAAACAAGACACAGAACCAUUCCGAUGGCUCCAUUUAAAACAAACAGGCAAAAAAGAAAGUCAGCAUGGUUCCUGAAAUCCACUUUUGUUUUCAUUAGAAAACUAAGAUUGUGUGAUAGAGCAGGUGCAAGAGCAGGUUGUCCGCAGAUGGUGUGUACAUCGAUCCCCUGCAACCCGAGGGCUUAGGUGCAAGAUGGAUUCUUGAACGUCCUUCAUGCAGCAGGGUUCAAAGUCAGGAGAGAUGUCAUGAGAAGGAAUGUAGGAGAUAAAUGUUCUAUGGUGGCUGCUUGUAUUUCCUGUGUGUAUAUUGUAUGUUGAGAUAUAAGUCAAAUAAAAUCCAUAGAUAUUCAGUGAA